UCAGUGACAAACAUUUUUUUCAAGCAAUAAUUGACAAAAAAUGGACGAAAUGUACACUGCAACUUUAUUUGACUUUUCCUCAGUAUUGUGGUCAUAUAGGUGGAGAAUAAUGAAGCUUGUCGUGAGUGAAGGAGGGCGCACAGGACGCCUGCGCUGAGGCUCUGUGUAGCCUGCCGACCAUGUUGUUAUUGUAACUGAUCCCCAUUGUAACCCUGCAAAAAGCAGCAAUUCAAUACAUCUUGAUCAGUCACCCUUAAUUACCGCUGAGACAUUCUGAUCUCUAUACUAUUACACUGCACCAGAGCAUCUAUUUCGUGGCGAGACAUUUGCAAAGGAGCAGCUACUGCACCCGGGGCUGUGUUAAGAUCUGUCAAGAACAUGAGCCAGAUGCCAGAGACGCCAGUUGAUGCUCCUGCUGUAGUGACAGAAGCACCUGCUGUUCCAACUGAAAGCAAGCAGCCAGCAGGUGGAAAAAAGCAAAACAAAAAGAAAGUGGAAGAGGUGGUAGAGGAAGAGGAAGAAGAGUACGUUGUGGAGAAAGUCUUGGAUCGACGUAUUGUGAAGGGAAGGAUAGAGUAUCUCCUCAAGUGGAAAGGCUUUUCAAAUGAAGACAACACAUGGGAGCCUGAAGAAAAUUUAGAUUGCCCGGAUCUCAUCGCAGAAUACCUGCAAUCUCAGCGAACUGCUAAUGAAUCAGGUGGCAAGCGGCGUGCCGACACAGAUGGUGACGGAAGAGAGAGCCAGCUUAAAAAACGCAAGGAUGAGCCAGAGAAACUCAGAGGCUUUGCUCGUGGGUUGGAUCCCGAGAGGAUCAUUGGUGCUACAGAUUCAAGCGGAGAACUUAUGUUCCUCAUGAAAUGGAAGAACUCUGAUGAGGCUGAUCUUGUUCCAGCCAAGGAAGCGAAUGUAAAGUGUCCACAAGUUGUCAUUUCUUUCUAUGAGGAGCGUCUCACCUGGCAUUCUUACCCCACUGAUGAAGAGGAGAAGAAGGAUGAGAAAAACUAGGCACACCAUUGGAAGCUAUCGGGAAUAUUUACACUUUUAAUCUUCUGAAGUAAAAAGGCAGCAAAAAGGUUUAUUUGAAUUUACACCACUGAAACACACAGCACCUCAGGCAAUUAAAGAGUACCUGUCAUUUACAUAGGCUCUGGUAUAUUUCAGUCAUAGUGCAGCUAAGUUUCAGUAGACUACUACUUUUUCUGUUUGUUUUUAUUUUUAUCUUGAUCACGGAGAUAGUUAGCAGCUGGGCAGCUUCUCUAUCCAAAUUGUGUUCUAUAACCUGUGUAGAUUACAACACUGGCCAUUUCUUACCAGUUCCCAAAAGGCUUUCUUGAAAUAUAUUCCUGUACGUCCUUUACAUUGGACUGAUUUAAACAAAUUGCUGCCUUAACCAAAAUUAUAUAUAGAAAAAAGACAAAGAUUGUUUUAUAUAUUUUCCAAAAAACAAGCCAAGUCUUGAAACACCCUUAGAGAAAUACAUGUACAGUGUUUUUGAAAUAUAAGAGUCCCAUCUAAUAGUACUGAAUAGUGUUUAUUGAAAUUCACUCUUACCAGCAAACACAAAUCACUGUUUUGGUUAUUAAUGUAGGUGCUAUUAUUUAAUAAGUUCUUUUUUUUCCCACAACACUGCAUAAAAAAAACUCUAUUAAAUGUUUGGGGACAUCUUGGUUUUUUUUCCAAACAUAACCCAAAACUAUGCAGUGCAGGAGAUAUUUAGAGACAAAAGUAAUUACUUGAAAAGUAAUACUCUGACAUGUUCUUCCCUGCCUGUCACCUGGUAUUAAGAUGCAUUAACAUAAUUGAGCUUGAGAAGUGAAAAAUUCAAUACAAGCACCCACUCAGCUUUACAAACCUCCACCAAGUCCUCCAAGAGCACAGCAGAGCAUCUCUGAGGAACAUCUGCAGACGAAAGUGUGUGCAGUAGUUGAAGCUGCUUUGGAAAUGUUUGUAAAAUUAACAUUUAAUCAUAAAUGUGAUUUUAUAGUCAUCAAAGUCUAUUUUUAGUUGCAAACUGGUGGUCGUUAUUUAUAAACACAAAAACAAAAAAAACAAAAAAAACGUUGAUGUCCCCAAACCACUAAUCAUUUGCACAGUGAGUUUCUUGACUAUUUUAUAUUCAUACUUAAUUACCAUAUUGUAAAUCAAGUGUAGUGUCCAUGUUUAUGGGUUUAAGUUCAAUUACCUGAUUAUGUUCUCUAAAUCACAUUUUUUUUUUUUUUACACUAAAUCAUUUUUGUCAGUUGAAUAAAAGUAGGAUUGAUGUA